CCCAUAAGCUGCAACUUGUAAGUGUAGCCUCGUCUAAAACCCUACACUAAAGCCUCUCUCUUCCUCUUCCCGACUCUCUGUCCCUCUUCCACAUUUCAAACCCUCCAAAUAUGUUUUCUGCAACUAAUCAGCAACAUUCACAAUAAUGCCAUUGAACCCAUUGUAGAUCUUCUUCUGUUAUCUCCCUAAACAAUCGUUCUAUUGAGAUUGUUCUCCAUGUCGGCCCUGUCGAGAGGCCUCAUUUCUCGCCUCCGUCUACUCUCAGUCGGUGUGAGAGCACCUCCAACAAAUGUUUCAACAUUCCAAUUCAGAAGAUACAGUGAUGUGUCUUCGACCGAUGAGUAUGAUACCAACGUUGUACAGCCUCGAAUCAUUGAAGCUAAACCUGGAAUCAUGACCCCCAAUUCAAAGAGAACUGGUGCCAUAGCCGUCAAGUGUGGAAUGACCGCACUUUGGGACAAAUGGGGUGCUAGGGUUCCGAUCACCGUACUCUGGAUGGACGAUAAUAUUGUAUCUCAGGUUAAGACCUUCGAGAAAGAAGGAAUCAGUUCCCUGCAGCUUGGUUGUGGGCACAAAAAGGAAAAACACUUAACGAAACCAGAAGUGGGGCAUUUUAGAGCUCAGGGUGUUCCAAUGAAGAGGAAAUUGAGGGAGUUCCCGGUGACUGAGGAUGCGCUUCUUCCUGUUGGUACCUCAAUUGGCGUUCGCCAUUUUGUUCCGGGACAGUAUGUAGAUGUGACGGGAAUUACAAGAGGAAAAGGUUUUCAGGGCGGUAUGAAAAGAUGGGGAAUGAAAGGAAUGCCAGCAUCUCAUGGUGCAUCAUUAUCACAUCGAAGUAUUGGCUCUACUGGUCAGAGGGAUGCUCCUGGGAAGGUAUUUAAAGGCAAAAAGAUGCCUGGACGCAUGGGGGGGAAGCAACAAACAGUUAAAAAUGUCUGGGUUUACAAGAUAGAUCCUGCGAGGAACUUGAUGUGGGUGAAAGGCCAGGUUCCAGGUGCUGAAGGGAACUUUGUGUUCAUAAAAGAUGCUGUUUACAAGAAAUCGGAUAGUUCAUUACUUCCAUUUCCAACAUAUUUUGCCCCAGAAGAUGAGGACACAACAGAGUUGGUACCUCUGGUUGCUGAUCUUGGAGAAGCCGAUCCAUUUAUGGCAGCAGAUUAAUCAGAGGCUAUUUCUGAAAUCCCCCGAAAAGCUGGUUUCGAAUGUUGUUUGGUUAAACUGUCUUGCAACCAUUUUUGUCCCUCUUCUGGUCAACAGAUGUAGCAUGCGGAGGCUUUUGAUUUAGCUUAUCAGUUAUAUUUAGUGAAGAACUGCAGAUGCAGGGAAUGUAAUGUCAUCAUUGAGUUGUAUUUGACUUUUUGAUUUGAGACAGUCAAUCGCAUCUCUUACUAUUGAUCGGUUCAUUUACGGAUGCGUUCAAAUAAAUGUGGAAAACUAAAAAAUUUUGGUCUGUUCAUUAUGUAAAGUUGCAGCUUGUUUUGUGAGGUAA